AAAUCCUCCGUAAACCAUUUGCGCUUCCCCAGCAUAAAUUCCCAAGCGAUCAGCCUUCACUGUUGGCAGAAGUGGAGCUUGCAAGAAGGAGGCAUGGCGACGUCGAAGCUCUCACCAUCGCUUGCUCUCUUCCUAACCCUCAGCCUACUCUUCGUCAACCUCGUCACUCCCUGCGGGAACUGCUGCAUCGAACCUCCACACAAGUGCCACCACAAGCCACCCAAGCAUGGCCCUUCUCCGCCACCAAGGCCGCCGAGCCCCGGCCCCGGGGCCAGGUGCCCCCGGGACGCGCUCAAGCUCGGCGUCUGCGCCAAUGUUCUCGGUGGCUUGCUAAACAUAACGCUCGGCACGCCACCAAAGGAGCCAUGCUGCACUCUGCUGCAAGGCCUCGUAGACCUCGAGGCCGCCGUGUGUCUUUGCACCGCCCUCAAGGGCAACGUCCUGGGCCUCGUCCUUAAUCUCCCCAUCAGCCUCAGCUUGCUCCUCAACUACUGCGGCAAGGAGGUGCCCACUGGCUUCCUCUGCUAUUAGCUAGAGGUUUCACGUAGCACGUAGGGUUUGUGUUAUUUGUACGUGUGUGUUGUCUUAGCAGCAUCGGGUGGUCGUCAAUAAGCUUAGAAUGCAUAGCAAAUAAUGUACGUAGUUCCACUUGGGAAUACCGAUACAUGGAUGCCUACUUUUGUCUUGAA